AUGUACUCCGCUGUCGCUACUGCUCGUCGUGCACUCGCCGCGCCUACUUCCCGUGCAUUCUCAACGUCACGGGCCGCUCGCGCGGAUGUAGCGAAACUCAUCCUUGUUGGCCGUCUCGGUCGCGACCCUGAGUUGCGCACGACGCGCAACGACAAGGAAUACGUUGCGUAUACUGUGGCGACUAGCAACUACCCGCCGCCUCCCGCCAACCCCGACGGCACACGUCCGCCCGCUGAGACGACAUGGCACAACGUCUACUCAUUCCAUGACGGAGCCAACGCGUUUUUGCGCACCUUGAGCCGCGGCGCGCACGUAUAUGUCGAGGCAAACUACGAGCUGCGCGAGACAGAUACUGGUGUUGAGGGCGCGCCCAAGAAUAAGCAGGUUUUCCUUCGCCACGAGACCCUUCGGGUUCUGGGCCGUCCCCAGCCGCGCAACGAGGAGGAGAGCUCAUGA